CACUCACACGUCACCCAGGGGCUCAACCCGCGGCUCGCGGGCCACCUGCGGCCGCCGCCGUCCAGUCGGCUUUCAGGUGAAACCUGACAGUUUGACACUUUCUCCACGUUUUGUCUGUUUUUAAGUUCCUCGUGACGUGAAGUUUUCUGUGAAAAUGUUUUCAUCCAAACCCACGAAGACCCAACGUGUUGCAGUUACACGACCUGGCCAGCAUGAGGCGCUCUAACACUGAGACUCUCCAGGAACAGAGGAGGCGGCUGGGUUCUGGUUCGGUUUUGGUUCGGUUCUGGUUCAGUUCUGGUUCAGUUCUGGUUCAGAGGGAGAAAUGACAUCAUAAUAUUUCGCUUUUAAAUGAAAUAUUUAAAUUCCUGACUAGAUACUGAAUUUGAAUGUUCAGUAUUUAGUUUGAAGCCAGAGGAUGUUGGAUAUUUAUGAACAAAACUAAUUUUCCUUUAUGAAAGGUAAAGAAAAUUAUUGCUGUUCAUUUUAGAAACGGUGCACAGAAAUUCACCAACUUUCAACCGAACCUCUGGUUCUGCUUAACUGGACCGGUUUAGACUGCAGCUCCACCCAGUACCAGCAGAUGGUUCUGGUUCUGACCCAGAUAGCAGAUGGUUCUGGUUCUGACCUGCAGCUAUUUCUGACCCACUUUAGUCUCUUCCCUGCAGCUUUCCUGUCUGACCUGAAAACGGCGUUUCCAUUCAUCUGAGCUUUGACUACACCACUCUUGCAGAAACGUUGAAGCUCAUCUGGAUUAGUUGAACAUAUCUUUAAAAAAAUCGAAAUAAACUCAACUUAUUAUUUAUUUUUAAUAUGUUACUGAGUCUGCGACAGUCUGGCAACCUCCAGGUGACCUCCAGGUGACCUCCAGGUGACCUCCAGGUGACCUCCAGGUGACCCGCCCCUCGCUCAGAACGAGAGGCAGCAGCUCCUGACCCUACUGGGGUCAAGGGUGAACAGAUAAUGGAUAGAUGGAUUUUACUGAUUUUAGCCUCUUUAUCUGCUUACACACACACUGCAGCUUAAAGAACCAUGUUUCUGUGAGACUGCAGAGAAGAAUAAAAGCUAAACUCACCUGGCUCCGUCCAUCAGCUGAGCCCAGUGGGCCGGCGCUGGACGGUGAAUGUUGCUGGUUCUGAUCCAUUUGGUUACAUUUUUGAUCAUUCUUUGUUUUUAUGACCAAAUCUCAUCUUUUCUCAAGGUAUUUACAUUGAGGGGUUCUGGUCCGGUUCUGGUCCGGUUCUGGUGGAGCUCAGAGAAAAAAUGAAUGAAGUCCAAACUUGUGUUGUUGUUUUUAUGUAGAAAAUAAUCAUAAAAUAUUGAUUUGUUGGGGGUUAUAAUAAUGUGUUUUAUUCAUUUUAUUGAACUCAAACUGUUUUUAUUUUUACUUCUUUCUUAGUGCGCAUGAAUAAAUCAUAUCUAAUUAACGGGGUGUCUACGGCGCAUGCGCGGCCCGCAGGUGAAACCAGGUGUGUCUGAUUGCAGCUGCUGAAAACGAGCGGAGGAGAAGCGGCGCCCGGAUCCUCUGUCAGCGCAGAGAAACAGAACCGAACCUACUGAUUCCCGGACCAUGGCGUCGCUCGGGUUGAAGCUGAUCCUCUUCGGCUUCAUGUGUCUCAGAGUUGAAGGAAGCUGCAGCGUGCAGAACUGCAGCGACCCUCGGACCUGCGUCCUGUCCGCGGACCGGAGGAGCUGCCGCUGCGCCGCGGGACUCUACGGCCCGAACUGCGAACACAGCGCGCAGGUCAAGGUCCUGUGUGGCAGAGACUUCAUGAGCAUCCGGGCCGCAGAGGAUUUCUUCUCCUACCUGAAGGUCCCGCUGGAGUCGCUGCACCUGCCGAACCCGGCCUGCCGGGCUCAGAGGGAGGUGAUCGCCGGGACGCCGUUCUUCAUGUUCCGGACGUCCAGGGAGAAGUACCUGGCCUGUGGAGGGAAUCCGCUGCAGAAGAACUCGACCCACCUCCUGUACUCCCUCACGGUCCGAUCGGAACCUCAGGUCAGCGGGAACAUCAUCAGAGACCCGGCCAUUAAGAUGGACUUCACCUGCGUCUACCCAAACCUUCGCAGGGUCAGCCUGCCGUUCCCGGUCCGGCCCAUCUCCAGCCAGAUGGUGAUGCAGGUGGAGGAGAUGGACGCCACCAUCCGGAUGUUGCUGUUCGCCGACAGCAGCUUCAGCCGGGCCUUCGGCGCCACGCCGACCAUAGAGCUGCGGGACCCGGUGCACGUGGAGGUCUCCGUGGCCGAGCCUGCAGACUUCUUCCUGCUCCGGGUCGAUGACUGCUGGGCCAGCCGGUCCCCGCGGCCCAACGCCACCGGACCGCUUCACAGCCUGGUCCAGAACGGCUGCGUGGCCGACCCCACCGUGACCUUCCUCCCGCUGGCUGAUGGGCGGGCCGGGCCCAACGGGCGGAGCUCCGGGAUCCGGUUCCGCUUCCAGAUGUUCCGCUUCUCAGCCGGACCCUCAGAGUUUUACCUGCACUGCAGCGUGCAGCUGUGCGAGCGAGACGACCAGCCGUCCUGCCUGCCGAGCUGUGGUGCCAUCAGCAAGCGGGAAGCCGUCAGGCCGCUUCCCAGCCGUGGUCUGCUGUCCUACGGUCCGAUCCUGGUCGAGGUUCCGGACCGGCCCGAGUCCAAUGUUCUGACGGCGGCGGUUCUUCCUGUGGCCGCAGUCUGGACGCUGGGCUUCUUCCUCACCCUCCUCAUCAUCGUCGCCAAGGCUGGCAGGAGGCGGGCCCCUGAACCCGAGGGCCCCUGAACCCGAGGGCCCCUGAACCCGAGGGCCCCUGAACCCGAGGGCCCCUGAACGGCAGGAAGCUCCAAUAAACCCUCUUUCAUCACUUCCUGUUUUUCUCCUGGUCGCAGUAGCUUUUUAUAAAAGUCAAAAUGCUUUCAAGUUCUAGAUGUGAUUCAUUUCAGCCAGAAACUGAUGCAGAAAACCCAAAUAAGAUUUAUUAUGUUUAUGAUGCAGAAACCCCCAAAAUAAACGUAUUAAAUCUGUUGUGACGGAGGAACCGAUCAACGCUGUUAAAGCCGUCAUGACAGUCAAAACACUUUAAUUUUACCAACAGAAAUCUGAUUAAUAACCUACAAAAUAUUAAAGUGGUAAAGAAUAAGGUUGGAAAUAAACUUGCAGGUUUUUAGUAAUGUUUGUGCAGCUGCAGUUCUACAACAAGAGCAGCAGGGGGCAGCCUCGGCUCUCUUCAGAAUGUAUGGCAAGCCGUUCUACCAGAGAAUAAUAAAGUUCUUUCCAUUCGGAACAGGCCCAGAUUCAACUGCUUGGAGGCCCCUUCAGGGUCCGGUUACCUGCAGUUUGAAACCCUCAGUGAUCAACCAGAACCCGUCUGGAACAGUCUAUGGACUCAGCCAAUCACAGAGCAGCAGCUGUGGAGGUGAUGAUGAUGAUGGUCAAACUGGUUCAGAACCGACAGAAUCCCGGGUCGUUGGUACCGCACUGCUUUACGGAACAUGAAAUAAACAGAACUGGAUCUUUGCUUUCA